UCACCAGCGUACUCGCCCCCCACUACUCUUCCUCAACCUCCAUCCCCCUCGCGGUGGCAGCGACUACGCAGCCUGCACGCCCGCACGCCGCGAGAGCAUAAAGCCCCUCGCGCACCCACAAGCCCUUGUCGUUUCCAUCGCUCCAAAUUCAACGCCGCCCCACGUCGACGACGGGGCACCGCCACCUCCCGGGCCCGGGAGCCAUCAAUUCCCUCCAUUCCUACCCCCAAAUUCCUGCAUCGCUGAUCGAGGGGGACGCGCAUUGCCCGGCAUUCGCCUCCGGUUCCGCGGAGGCCUCGCCUGAUCAGCUCACGGCGGCGCCCGCGGAGCGAGGGCGGAGGGGGGGAGCGGGCCCAUGACGUGCGCGCGCGCCGAGGACGCCGUCUCGCCCGCCGCCGACUGCGUGGCGGCCGCCCCGGUAGGAGGCGGCUUGAUCCAGAAGGCGGGUGUCGGAGGCGGCGGCCGGAGCGGCCAGGGUCGCGCGCUGCAGCGCUCGGCGCAUCUGGCAACGGGGGACUGCGACUCGCCGGCGCCGGCGGCCAGCUGCUCCGGGGAUGGUAUAGGUAAGAGCAAUGGUAGUGGGAAAAGAGAAGAUAGCCACAGGAUGCGGCAGUACAGGUCACAGCUUGAGCAGGAAGUCAAGAAAUUGCAGAGGCAGCUGGAAGAAGAGGUUGAUCUGCAUGUGGCAUUGGCGGAUGCCGUUACGCAAAAUGCUGCGCCUGUAUUGAAGUCCUCUGUGAAGCUUCCACACAAGGCACAGGAGCUACUAAUUAACAUCGCCUCCUUGGAGAGUACCGUUUCAAAGCUCGAGAAAGAGUUAAAUGAUCUAUACUACCAACUUUGUCAUGAAAGGAAUGAACGGCUACUUGCUGAAAAUAAUAAAGGAUGCUUGCCAUCUACAUCCUCAGAUGACCACCAGUCAUUGUCAACUUGCACGUGUACGUGGGAAGAAGACUUAUUCCCUGAGCCUGAAGAUGUCCAGGGUGUGGGAGAAGAUCCUGAAGGUCAACAGAUAGUUUCUUUAAACAGACUGUUAGAAAAGCACCGAGAUUCUUCCUUGAAUAGACUUCCUGAAAAGCGCCGGGAUGAAGAGACGCCAGAAUCAUGCUCCAUGGAAAAAGAAGGCUUGGAAGAUGAGAAGCUUGACAUUUUAUCCUUUGAACAGUCCAUUCUGAAGAUAACUAGCAUGAAAGGAGGAAAUCUUUGGAACAAUCCAAAUGAGCUAUCUGAGGAGAUGGUUCGCUGCAUGAGAAACAUUUUCCUACGUUUGUCUGAAUCCUCGAAGAUAUCGCCAAAGGUGUCUUCUGAUUGUUCAUCUUCCUCAGCAGAGCGUCUAUCAGGUUCUACACUAGCAUCUUUCUCAGAUUCAUCCAUAAUACCCUCAAUGCUACGGAGUCCUUCAGUUGAUUCGAACCACAACGACGAGACAAUGAAGGAGGUCAGGAACUUCGAUCCAUAUAAAGUUAAUGGAAAGGAAACCCGAAGGGAUAUUGGAAACUAUCGUUCAGCAGCUGAAGUAUCUUGGAUGUCUGUUGGAAAGGAUCAACUUGAAUAUGCAUCUGAAGCUCUGAAGAAGUUCAGAUUUCUUGUGGAACAGUUGUCAAAGGUUAACCCUAGCUCUAUGGAUCGUGAUCAGCGGCUAGCCUUUUGGAUUAACUUAUACAAUGCUUUGAUAAUGCAUGCGUAUUUAGCAUAUGGAGUUCCUCGAAACGACAUCAAGCUUUUUUCGCUCAUGCAAAAGGCCUGUUACACGGUUGGUGGCCAAUCCAUCAGUGCAGCAGAAAUAGAGUUUGUGAUUCUAAAGAUGAAGACUCCAGUGCAUCGGCCCCAACUUUCUUUGAUGUUGGCUCUGAAUAAGUUCAAGGUUACUGAGGAUCACAAGAAGUACUCAAUCAAUGAAUUUGAACCCCUUGUGUUGUUUGGACUUAGCUGUGGAAUGUUCUCUUCUCCUGCUGUGCGGAUUUUCUCUGCUGCAGAUGUCAGGCAGGAGCUCCAGGAAUCUUUGAGAGACUAUAUUCAGGCGACUGUUGGUACAAAUGACCGAGGGAAACUGUUGAUCCCAAAGUUAGUGCAGAACUACGCUAAGGGAGCUGUUGAAGACUCUCUGCUUGCAGACUGGAUCUGCCAUCACCUCGCACCUGAUCAAGCGGCGGUCAUCCGAGAUUCUUCUUCACAGAGGAAGCAGCGGCUUCUUGGAGUGCGAAGUUUCACUGUUCUUGCGUUUGACACAAAGUUUCGGUACCUUUUCUUGCCUGACAGCAUUGGCUCCCGGAAGCCAGAAGCAAAACAGUCUUACAAACUUCCUGAGCCGUGUUCAGAAUAGGUAAUAAAGCUCAGUUGGUAUAUUUGGACCAUUAAAAACCAUUCUUUUUGCACAGUGGAUCAUCAGAUUGGUGGUUGUAUAUGAUGUAAAUUUUGAGGAAGUAAAGUAAAUCACGCAACAAGCUCAUAAGAUGCGGUGUGUUUGCAGAAUCAGGUUUCCUCUGCAGAGUUCGUGACAGUUUGGGGUUGUAUUGGGUUUUGUUGUGUUCAGUUGUCUUUCAUACCGAAGAUAGCAUAUCUUUUUGUUGUUUAUUUAUUCUGCAUACAUUUUCUUUUAUCCUUUUGUAAAGCUCCUUGUCUUGGUCAAUUGAUCUGUGACUUUUGCAAAAAUAAAGGUGGGCAUAGAGUUCUUUCUGA